UGCCGUUCCAAGAUGAUUCCCAGGUUGCUCGUCGUUCGUCGGCUUGCACGUCAUUUCCCAAUUCGCCGCCUCCAAGCCAUGGCUUCCUUCGAGUACCCGACGGUCUUCCGCUCCGACCACACGGACGUGCUGCACGGCCGCACGGUCGCCGACCCGUACCGCUGGCUCGAGGACCCGGACAGCCCCGAGACCGAGGCGUUUGUCGCCGCCCAGAACGCGUGCACCCAAAAGGUGUUUGCCUCCGUGCCCCACCGCGACGAAUUCCUUGCGCGCAACACGGAGCUCUUCAACUACGCCAAGUACUCGUCGCCGGCCAAGCAUGGGUCGCGCUACUUCUUCUACAAGAACGACGGUCUCCAGAACCAAGCGGUCUUGUACAUGCAGGACACGCUCACGAGCGACCCGAGCGUGCUUUUGGACCCGAACACGCUCGCCGAGGACGGCACGGCUGCGCUCAGCGGCCGCACGUUCUCCAAGGCCCAGACCGACUCGGGUAUGCUCUACUUCGCGUACGGCGUCUCCAAGGGCGGCUCGGACUGGCAGACGGUCAAGGUCAUUGCGAUCCACCCCGAUGGCACGAUCGAGCACCUCGACGACGUCCUCGAGUGGGUCAAGUUCAGCUACUUUGCGUGGACGAGUGACGACAAGGGCUUCUUUUACGGCCGGUACCCGGCGCCCAAGACGGUGGCCGACGACAAGUCGGCGGGCACGGAGACGGACUUGAACGAGAACCAGCAAAUCUGGUACCAUCGCCUCAACACGCCGCAGACGGACGACGUCCUCGUCUUUUCGUACCCGGAGAAGCCCAAGUACUACUUGGGCGCCACCGUCUCGGACGACGGCGCGCUCCUCCUCGUGACCAUCUCGGACGGCUGCAAGAACGCCAACAUGCUCUACGUCGCGCCGCUGGCCGACUUUGUCGCGGACAAUGCGGCGCCGCUCGCGUUCCACAAGCUCGUCGACACGAUGGAUUUCAGCUACAACUACCUCCUCAACAACGGCAACGAGCUCGUCUUCCUCACCAACCUCGACGCGCCGCGCAACCGCAUCAUCCGCGUCGCCGACUACACGGCGUCGCCGCUUGUCUGGGAAGAAGUCGUGCCCGAGCCGGAAGGCGCGAUCGUGCUCGAAGCCGCGGCGCCGAUCCGCGACGACCUUCUCAUCUGCGAGUUUAUGAAGGACGCGAGCAGCCUCGUGAGCAUCUACACGCAGUCGGGCGCCCUCGUGCGCGACAUUGCGCUCCCGAGCGUCGGGUCGGUCGGCAUUUCGUGCAAGCGCACGUCGCCGGAGCUCUUCUUCCACUUUACCUCGUUCCUCUACCCCGGCACGAUCUUCCGCGAGGACUUGACGGACCCGGCGACGAGCACGCCGGCGGUGUUUCGCGAGUCGACGGUGCCGGGCUUCUCGCCGGACGGGUUCGAGGCCAAGCAGGUGUGGUACACCUCCAAGGACGGCACGCCGAUUCCGAUGUUUCUCGUCUCCAAGAAGGAGCUGCCGCGCGACGGGCAGAACCCCGUGUACCUCUACGGCUAUGGCGGCUUCAACGUGUCGCUGACGCCGACCUUCUCGGCCGCGCGCACGGUCUUUAUGCAGCACUUUAACGGCAUCCUCGCGCUCCCGACGCUCCGCGGCGGCGGCGAGUACGGCGAGGAGUGGCACCAGGCCGGCACGUUUGAGAAGAAGCAAAAUGUGUUUGACGACUUUCACGGCGCCGCCGAGUACCUCAUCGCCGAGGGCUACACGUCGCCGGCCAAGAUUGCGAUCCACGGCGGCUCCAACGGCGGCCUCCUCGUUGCGGCCACGGCCAACCAGCGCCCGGACCUGUACAAGUGCGCGGUCGGCGCGGUCGGCGUCAUGGACAUGCUGCGCUUCCAUAAGUUUACGGUCGGCCACGGCUGGACGACCGACUAUGGCAACCCGGACGAGCCCGAGGCGUUCGAGUACCUCAUCAAGUACUCGCCGGUGCACAACGUCCCGAAUUUCGAGACGAGCGACCGCCUCCGCAACGACCACGGCGGGUUCCCCGCGACGCUCCUCACGACGGGCGACCACGACGACCGCGUCGUGCCGCUCCACUCGCUCAAGCUCAUUGCUGAGAUCCAGCACCAGCUCGGCCACCACGAAGAGCAGAAGAACCCGCUCCUCAUCCGCGUCGAGACCAAGGCCGGCCACGGCGCCGGGAAGCCGACCAAGAAGAUUUUGGAAGAAGCCGCCGACGUCUACUCGUACAUGGGCUGGGCCCUCGGCGCCACCUUCACCAACUAAGAUCGUAGUGCGUGGGAAGAAAUUUCUCGAUAAUGAAGUGUGUUGUGCAUCGUGG